GCCUACAAACUACUGUUCAUCUGGUGUGUCAUCGAAAUUUAAAUUAUCUGUUGCUCAUUUGCUUCUGUGUUCAAAGUCUAUAUGUGGUCUGUUGAUUACAAACUCUGAUCGAAGAUUAUUAAUCUUACUUCGCGUCAAGACUUCACAAGACUAUUGGUGUACUUCAAAGACGUUCAAGGCGUAUAUCUAAAUUUCUUCCACGAAGUUCGCACGAUGGACAUCAACAUCGGCCUAUGUGUUUUUGUGUUUUUCAUAAUUAAAGAAAAGGCUGCUGACGGAACCCAGGAAACAGCGAUCUUGGCAAACCCUACAAAUGAUGAAAUUGGACUAAAUAUCACCAAACGGUCAAUGACAUCCGAUGAAGCUAAAGCGUAUUGCAGCAAUGCAAUACUCAAUCACACUGCAUAUUUGACAUGUCGAGAGCAUUUAAAGACAACGAAUGUAGAAAGGGCUAUUGUUGAUUGCACAACAGACUUAAAGUCCUCUGGUGAUGUUAACUGGGCAUUGAGCUAUGUCAGAACCUUAACAGAAGUAUGCUUAAUCAUUAUAAAAAGCAAUCCAAGUGUAUGGAUUAGUAAUGGCUCAUCACCUGAUAUUCCAAAACAAUUUAUUACUAAUCUAUGCACCAUGGACUGUGGUGAUCAUGGAAGCUGCCACAAAAGAUAUUGCAAGUGUGACUUGGGUUAUGGAGGUGAACUGUGCAAUCUUAGCCCAGAAACUAAACCUGUUGUGGCAUCAAGAAUUCACACUUGCAAUGCUCAGAGUGCUGAAUGCAGCUCUGUGGCUUUAAGUGGCAAAAAUUUUAUCAGCAAUAAAAACUUGCUGUGCCUAAUCAACUACAUAACGAUUCCAGGUGAUUUCAACUCCAAAAGUCAAGGGAAUGUUUCAAAUUUUAUUUCCCAACAUGAAAUAAAUGAAGAAAAUAAUGAAACUGAAAUUGCUCUCUCGGCUGUUUUCUUGAGUAAUUCCAAAGUAUUAUGUCCUCUUACUAAACAAAAAAGUGCCAAGAUAAGAGUCGCCAAUAACAACAACUACUCCAGCACAGAGCAUGUUCUAUAUGUUGUAUUUAACGGUACAUGCCGAGAUUGUGAGGUGUUUGAAAAGAAACUGACUUGUACUACAAAGGAGAACUAUUGCUUUUUGGACGAUGAUUGUUUUGAAAAUGGAGGCCCUGCAGACAACAAAUGUCUGUAUUGUAACACAUCUAUAAACCACAACCAAUGGUCCAGAUGGGAAAGUCCAGAUUGCCAACCACCACACAUUCAUGGGGCAAACAUGUUUCCAAAUGAGAUGAUAUAUUGUCUCAGUGGUAUUUUAGUCCUGGUUGUUGUAUUGGCUGCCCUAGUGAUUGUGGUCAAGCGAAGAAAGCGGAGUCAGUCAGCUGAAUUUGGGUCAGCGAAGUAUGUUCCAUCUGGCGGAGUUAUCCUAAGAAACAUUCAACACUUGACUGAAGAAGGAAAUCGGCAAGAAAUCCUAAACUAAGAUUCUUUGUGGCUACAUAUUUAUUCCUUUAAUAAUUGUACUUAUUUUUCCAUUUUUACCAAAUGCAAAUUUUACAUGAUGAAACUUUAUAUAACCUUAGUACAGCUAAACUAUUGUGAGCAAAUUUUCAGGAUUAACUUAAAAACUCAAUAUUAAUCACAAUCUUGUUAUUUAAAGAAGAUAUAAUACACAAAUGAAAUGUCAAUUAUAAUUUUAAUUAUUUUCCUGAUGCUUAUAAAAUAAAAUGAAUAAAAAAAUUAAAAGUUAUUUUAUAAAUUAGCUUUUUAAAUUAAAACAUAAUUACAAUUUAGUUUAAUA